UGUUAUCGUAACACUUGUAUUCGUCCGUGUUGUUAUGGUUGUAAAUCAGAAGUAAACAUGUUCUGCUGUUGUUCCGAGAUGUAUUAAAUAACAAUAAUUGGGAUCUCACAUAAAGAAGUAAGACUGGCAAUGUGUUAUUCUGAGCACACUGCAUAACAUGGUGUCAAGACGACAGAAAAAGCUAUGGAGGUAUGUGGAAGAGGGGAGCCUCCUGAAGUUGAAAUCCUACCUGCGCAAACACUCCGAACUGUCACCCAACUUCUCACAAGGUAAAAGGAUGAGGACCCCUCUCCACCUUGUCUGCUGUCACGGUGACGAUGCCAUUCUCAGACUGCUUUUGGAGUAUGGGGCUGAUCCUCUCCAACGAGACAGGCUGGAAAACACUGCCUUACAUGCGGCUGCCAAGAGAGCUCUAAAGCACGGGAAAAGAGCUUAUGAUGACUUGGUUGUUCCCCUCCUGCAACACAGCCCAGAUGCUUUGGAUGUGCCAAAUAAAGCAGGUGUAACACCCCAGGAAAUGCUCCAGUGGCUGAAAUUUGAGAAACCAGCAGUUGAUGAGAAAUGUCAGAAGAAGGCUGCGAGAGACGCGGAGCGAGAAUGGAGAGAGAAGCUCCUCGGGGAAUGUCAUGAUGAGUUCAGCGAGGUAUUCGGCAAGUAUGAUGACGACUUCCUGUGUGAGGAUGGCGAGGAGGACUUCCUGGACUGGGCCGAUCGCAUCCGGCAGGAGUAUGUCUCCAAGCAGCGCGCCCGCGCCCAGAGGGAGUGUGCGGCGGCCGAGGCCCGUAGCGGAGGGAGGAAGAAGAGGCAGCGGCCGAGCGAGGAGGAGCACAGGGAGCAGCUGACGCGCCUCCAGAAGGAGCACAUGGAGUACCUGCAGAGGGCGGCGCGCAAGGAGGAAGAGACGCGGAAGGGCAAGAAGCAGCGCUACGAGGAGGGCUGCCAGCGCACCUUCGGCUCCUCCAGCGCCGCCGCCGCCGCCAGUGGCUCAGGUGGCAGUACCACCGCUUCUGGCACCACUGGGUCGAAGAGGCGCCUGAGCUACAGUGACAUCCCCUGGCCGUCCCCGCGGGGCACCGUGGCGGAGAUGCUGGACGUCAUGCUGCACGGCACCGACCGUGCCGACGUGCCCGCCUUCCGGAAGGUGCUCAGGCGGCAGCAGGUCCUCUGGCACCCCGACAGGUUCGCUCAGCGCUGCGGAGAUCGGCUGGAGGAGGGCGACAAGCAGAGGAUUCUGGACACUGUCACGGCUCUCUCACAGGAGCUGAACCGACUGGCACAGAGUCUCAGAUGACCCCUGACACCCUGCCUACACUACAGUGCUGUUGUAUAUUACAUUAUUGCAUUUCAUUUCGCUUAGCGGACACUUUUAUCAGAAGUGACUUACAGAUUUUUUGGUUUUACAGUCCAUGGAGCGGUAUGGGGAGCAAUGCACCUCAGCCAUGGAGUGCAGUAGGGAUUUGAACUUGCAGCCCUCUGAGCCCAUCUCCUUAACUAUUAGGCCAUGUGCUUUAGGCCACGGCUGCCCCUGUUGUAUGCAUAUAAUAUUGGCCUAGGGUACAUGAUGAUUUUAAUUCAGAAUUAACUCAAUUCCAUUCUGAAUAAAACUUAAAUCCGCUUUGAAAACAUUAUGUGAACUUGACGAAACUAUUAAGUUUUGAGGGAUUAAUUCUGAAUUUAAAACACCAAUAAAUGUGGCCAUUGUCACAGUUCCCUGCCGGACCUGAACUGGCACGCAGCCUCAGGUGAUGCUUGCUGUGGUCCCAGGGCUUAGAGGUGACUGCCCAUCCUACUGUUCCUGCACCUAAUCCCAAGAUGGCUGAUGUGUUCACACUGAAAAUGUGAGCGUUUGGGAGCUGAAAAAUACUUCCAUGAUGUCAAUGUAAACGUCAGCGGAUUCAUCCGGUAACAAGUGUCGCAUGGUGAAUUACACAAUCCGGUAUGAAUACGAGCCAUUUGCUUCCAAAUGAAAAGAUUGUGAGAACAGGGAACAGCUCCACUCUGGUUGGCCUGAAAACUGCAAAAGAUGGUUUGCAUCAUAACUGUUUGAAUUGUAAGUUGACUUGUGUGCCAUCACUAUACCUUAAGUCUCAAACAGGAGUUUUGUUCAGUUAUUUAUGUUACAUGUCGUUUAUAUUAGCAGUGAUGAAAGACAAAGGGAAGCUGUGUGGCAUCAGACAUGGAUAAAAUGUGUUAAUGUAGUGCCAGAGAAUUUUAAAUAAAACUAAAGACAUGAACAUAAACAUGUUUAUGUUGGCUAAUGUCA